AUGAAUUUUUUGGCGUUCAUUCUGACUUUCUGUGGUGGCUUCUGUUUCUGCUGCUGCUUCUGCUGCUGUGGCUUCUGUGGCGGUCGCUGCAGGAAGAAGGAUGAUGAGAAUACUUCAGGGGAUGAGUCUCCUCAGACUGAUGAUAUGCUAUUCACGACACCAACUUGUUUCAAGAUGCAGCAGUUGACGGGACUCACAACUACCACAACAACAACAGCCUCAUCUGCCUCCGCCAACGAAACGGAAACGGUUUCAUCGGCUACAGCCAUCCAAUCAAAACUUCCUCCGGCCCAACAAUCGCAACGUCAGCAUCAGCUUAAAACAUCCCAAUCAAGCAGCAACCCUUACAAAUCCUCCUUGCGGAGGUCCGAGCUUAGCGGCAGACACACGCCAGCCAUUCGUUUGUAUAAAAAAAAUCGAUGGACCGAUUUUGACGAAUCUGCAGCAAAAAAUAAAUUUAACAUUUUAGAGAUGAUCGUUAUGAUGGAUGAUGAAUCUCCGAAUGUUUUUGGCAUUCCAAUUCCAAGGGACAGAAUCCCUCGCAGUUACAUGCAACAUCUCAGUAAAAAAGCAGAGAGAAUUAAAAAAAUAAGAAGUAUGAAGGAGUCAAUAAGCAGUAGUAGGAUGAACUCGGCCGUCUACCAUCGCUUCAUAAUUGAGCAAUACAAACUUGCUGAUGAGUUGAGAGUUAAAAAGCAAGAGCGGGAUAUCCUUUUUAGAAAUUCACAACAAAAUUCAUCAGAAACGGAUAAACAAUUGCUAAAUGAACGUAUUGAAAAAUUGGAUCAAAAUAUUGAGCGACUAAAAAUGGACAUUGACAAAAUAAAACUCAUAAGACAAAGCAUGAAACAAAAGUCAAACAUGCAGACGGAAUCUAAAAAAAUUUUCCUCGGACAACUUUAUAUGGCAGCUAGAGAAAAAGAACAAGCAUUGAAUAAAACAGAAAGCCAAGUUCUGCCGGACCAACCAAAGAUGAAUGAAUCAGAUCUCUCACAAGCAUCGAGCGUGUCAUUCAAGAAACAAACUAGCCCAUCGUCAAAACAAUUUCGAUCCACUAAAAAGUCGUCCAACCUUUACGAAGCUUCAAAGCCAUCGGCAGUUCAAUCCCAAGAUGCUGAUCAAACAAGUGAUGAUGUUGAGCCACCGCUUCAACAAACAAAACCGUUAUAUGCUAAUUAUGUGCAGCCGAACCUGUCUCACCGGCUAUUCACAAAUUCUUUCAUGCCAUCUGCACAAGACACACAGUUUCAAAAAAAUAAAAAAGUUGAAAGUUUUUCUAGAAAAUUAAGCAACCUGUCUGAAAACGAAUCUCAGUUAUCUAAAUCACAAAAAAGAAAAGAUGAAAAUAACAAAAAUCAGCAUAAUUCAAACAUCAACUCCUCAAAUUCUCGACCACCUCUGCAGCCUUUUGCUCAAAUGAAAAAUAAAAAUUCAAAGAAAAUGUCAAUAAAGGAAUAUAUAAAAAACGGCCAAGCAAAUCUCGAUGAGCAUCAUCAAUUUCUGGAGGUUGAAAGACGCAAGCGAGAGUUCAUGGAAUCAAUGAAGGCAAAUUUUAGUUUGGGUAAUAUUUGUAAAAAUAAAUCAAUUGUUGAAAGUCUGAAACGUUCGCCAGAUAAAAAUUCGCCACUUGUUACCAAAAAAACAAAUUUUUUUGAACAGCCACCUCUAUUGAAAGAAAUGUCUCCUUGUAACUCUUUCCAAAAUAAAUCAGACGAAAUCAAAGAUCGAAACGUAAUUAAAAAUGAAUUUGAAAAAAAUAAAAAACUAACGCUCAAUAAGAAAUUUGAAACUGUAAGAAGAAAAAAUUUAGAACUGGAUGUAACAGUUCUACCAAGAAAAUAUUCUUUCAAAUAUUCAACGCCUGGAGCACUUCCUCCAAAACGCGCCGUUCUCGAUAGCACGUUAUCAGCGAAGGUGCGCGUAAAAAAACAGCAGGCUCGACCUUACAGACCUCCUCUGGAGAAGAAAUUAACUGGAAACAUCGUAAUUGGACCCAAGAGACAGUGUUUGACUAAAUCUUACAAUUCUCCUCAAUCUAAUUCCAUACAGCAGCAUCAGAAAAGCAAAAAAGUGCAUUCGAGAACAUCUAGACAUCACCAGACAAAGAAGAAACUCUCCCAGCUAGACUUGCAGCAUGAUUCACCGAACUUAUCGGCAGAUUUUCAGCAAUCUCAAAUCGAUAAGAAGAAUCGUUCAAAAAACGUUGGUUCAAAUAAAAUGGAUACUGAGCAAAAAGACAUUAAGAAUUUAGCGGAGAAAGAAGUUUUAUUAAAACAUGAAGAUGUUUUGAAUUUCCAUAAUUUUAUUUCUCAGCAGCCUCCUAAAAAUUGUCGCAACACAUUUGGUAACGACCAUCCCAAUUUCUGUCCUUACGUUGAAGGAAACUACAAAAAUUUUCAAAAAAACAGUUUUCCAAGAAACGAAUCUCCUAGCAACGCUUACGAUCAAAAUGAUCUGACAAACAGGAACAAGGAAGCAAGUUGGGGCCACGUAAAUUGUGCCAACAACGUCAGCCACUUUGAGCCCAUUCGUCACCACAAUUAUUGUUCGAGCAAUGAUUUCCCCCGGAUGUACACUGAACCAUACCUAUCUAAUCCUGCCUCUAAAAGAUCAGAUCAUUGGUCGAAACCGUUCUCACCUGGCAGUGAUCUUUACAGGUUCGAUCGAUCUAACAACACGUAUUUGAACAACAACUUUGGAGAAAAACCUUCAAAUGCAUACAUUUAUUCCACUAACUUAUCCAAUUCAAUCUAUAAAACGUCUGACAACUUAGCGCCCUACACAAAACGCUACAGCGAUCCAAGCGCUGAUGAUCUGAAAUGGAGCUGGAAAAAUAUUCACACUGGCAAUUUUUAUAGAGGCAAUCCUUCUCAGAAUUUUGAAGAUGAAUUCAAACUGCGCGGACAUUCAAUGAACAAUUCAUCAUAUAACUUUCGCGGCGGCCUGUACAACAGCGAGAACAGAGGAUUCUGCAACAACAACCCGUACAGCUACGGCAGCAGUUAUAUGAGCAUGAGCAGUAAACCAAACGUGGUUACAAACAUGGACAACAGUCCAGACUGGUGCGGAUUAGUUGGGAUCAAUAAUGCGAGAACAUAUGGAAUAUAUGAAACGGAUGGCAUACCUGGAAAUGUUUGCAGAGACGUUACAAAGAACAUCAACAUCCAGAACGAAUACUCAGGCAACUCGAAAAAAUAUGAAGUAGAAGCUGCCGGUUUGAAGAAAUUUGAAGGAAGCGGUGCGUUUAAAAAUGAUAAAAACAAUAUUAUCUCAAAUAAAAUUGGGAAGAACAAACUCGCAAAAAAUCGCGAUGUUAAAACAUCAACUGACAACAAACUGAUGCACAACAAGAUCACUAAAACAGCGAACUGUUCAAAACACCAAACAAAAAAUCAGAAAAGUCAAAUCAGUUUUGAAACUGUGAAAAACGUCUUUCAAAAUUCCACACCUACCAACACUCCCACUACAAAUGGAAAUCCCGAUGCUGCAACUGAUAGUGAUUGCGAAUCAGCCAAAACCGAACAAACAGCCAAAUGUUUAAAUGUAAAACAAGAUACAAGAAACAUUCCAGCCAGGAAUAAUGUAUUUAACGAGAAGCCUAGUACUCAACUGUACAAAAUGCCUCAGGUAAGGAGUGGCUGUGUGAGCUACCACAACAAACUCAACCAACAAGCCUUUCAGAUCAGACGUGGUGAUAAUAAUUUUAUACAAUCUCAAGCAAACAAAACCAACAAUGAAAAUAGUGAAACAGCUGACGAAUGUGAUGAUGAGGAUGAUGAUGAAGUUAGAUAUGAAGAUAAUAAACCCAAUGAAGGUGUUACCUGCGGUUGUCAUUCUGACAAAAACUCAGUCAACAGCAGCCAAAACGCUUCCAUAGUAGAUAGUGUUGAAAAACAAAUUGAAAAUUCAUUCCGUUACUCGACAAACUUUCAUGGAUAUAAAAAUCAUCGAAAUUUUCAGAAUAUAGGUUUGUACACUGAGCGCGAUCACUAUACCAGACCUCCGUAUGAACGUGGCUAUGAAAGCCAUCCUGCAUUUUUAAAAAAUAGCUUCUCCAACAUUUGUGAUAGAUAUAGAUAUAACGGAUCUUUCUGCAAUGUUAAUUAUCAUAAAACCUUCGACCAACCCUGUUUAUAUCGAGAUUUUUGCUGUAGCAACAACUUAGGUUUUGACCUCAUCGACAACGUUCAUCAAAUUGGUCAUAGCAAAUGUAGAGGGUUUCAUAAUGAUCAUUCCUAUGGUGUGUUUCCUCGUAAAAUCUUCGACAGCUACACAACUGGUGAUUUGAGAGAAUGGAACAAUUGCCUUCUUCCCGAAUGUUCCAUGUACAAUUUAAUGAGGACUGAUUUUAAUAAUAACUGUGGAAAGAACAUAGACCGCGUUCAUUUUAACGAUUUUGAUUACAAUGAUGAUGGUGACAAUGAUGGUGGCGAUAUUGUUGGUGACAAUGAUGAAGGUGAUGACGCUGAAAAUGAUUAUACCAGGUAUGAAAAUUUCCUUGACGCUUAUGACAAUAGUGAUGUCGUUGUUUGUAGAAAUGAUGAUAAAGAUAAUCAUUACACAGACGAUGAAAAUUUGUACAACUAUGACGACUUUGAUGGCGGUGAAUAUAUCAUUUGCAAUAAUGACUGCAAUUCGCAAAAUGUUGAUUAUGAAAAUCAUAACAAAAAUGAUAAUAUCUGGAGCAAGGUGGAUGAUUUGGACGACGAUCCUUGCUACAGUGACAACAGGUCGAACGUAAACGCCAAUAGUGGAACCAUGUGUCCGAACAUAGUUACCAACAUGGCGUUUUGCUGCAACGAUAGUGAUGUCCAUUGCAGAGUUCACGAUGAUUGCAACAAUUGCGUGUGUUAUUUCGAUAAUGCUGUAUGCGAAGAAAACGAGGUUAGUUCUACAGGCACGCAAUCGGAUCACCAAUGUAAAUGUAGAGAUGGCAGAUCUGGAAAAGAUCAUAAGAAUGACAAAUGUUGCGACUGUAACAGCGACAAAUGUGGCAAAAAUCCGUGUACUAGAAGCAUCAAGAACAUCAGCGCUAACUAUCGAAAAAUAAUUAAUAAAUGUGAAAAACAGCUGCUGAUGGCUAAAGCAGACAAAAUCAACAAAAGCUCUUGUGAGGAUUUAUCUAGAAAGGAUAAAUCUACAGAUUGUUGUGGGCGGGAUCACAGCCAAAAGUAUUACAAAGAUUUUUGCCGUGGGGACAGACUAAUGGCUGACGGCAUAGAUAGUGGUAGCGAUGUCGACAGUGACAAAAAAUGUGAAUUAGCCUUAAAAAAUGAAUCCAUGAAGCAACUUCUGGUUGGAAUGAUGGACUACAUAUGGGAGCAUCAUGCAAAAGAUCAACGUAAAAAGUGCCUGCGAAAUAAAUGUGGCAAAGACAGCGAUGAAGAUGAUGACGUGUGUAAAGUUUCUGGUUGCAAUCAAUCGUAUGCACGUUGUCACUCUCGACAUCCUUGCCACUAUUCCCCGACUGAAGAUUGCAGCCAUCAAAACCCACGUAGAAAUGUCUUUACUAAGGAUGUUUGUCGUGCCAACUCACCAUCUACUGAUUACAGCCCGACUUGUGAUAAGUGCCCUGAAGUGAAUGAGAAAGAUUCGUGCUUCUGUGAAGAGGAUUAUUCCGACUGUAGAUGUUUGUCUCACCAGAGACAACGUGCCUGUAAAAAACAUUAUGGUGAUUUUUCAUCUCGAGGUUGCAGUGAUUGUGACACUGGUUGCUGCGAUUGUGAUAGAAGUCUCCAACAUUACAAAAACCCUCGUGAUAAUCGAGAUUGCCAUUUCGAAAAGGCAUGCACAGCGUCGAAGCAGCAAUAUAGCUAUGCCUCUUGCGAAACAGACAACCAAUGCACAAGUAAGAGUAAACGAAGAUCUUGUACAAAUGAAGUUGGUGAACGCUGUCAUGAAGCAACAAAAAAUUGUGGCAUUUCCUUCAACAAGAGGACAUGUUACAGCAACACCGCUCUCAGAAACAGUGAUUGUGCAAAAAGCAGAGGAGCCGACCAGCCACCAGCUUCUUGCGGGCGUAACAAAUCUCAGUGGAAGAGCAUCGUCGUGGAAGAAAAUGAUGGCAGCGAUAAGAUCCUACUUAUCAACGGCAACACGGAUGAAUCAAUCGUCCUUAAGAAGUGUUUCAUUGCUGGCAUUGUUAACACCAGCAGCGAAGCUGAAGACGCCAGCCAUCAAUAUUGCCCCAACAACCAAAAAAGCCUUCAUUCAAAAGGCAAUGCUUAUAAGCGUGACUGUCAAAAGUGCGUUGCCAAUCAAAAUUUCUACUCCUGUGCUAAUGAGGCAGCAAACGUUCACUGUCCUAAAGAUCGCCAAGAAAAUCUUCCGAACUGUACAAACGUUUACAUGUUGCCUACCGCACAACCGACCAAUUCCUGUUGUAAACCGUAUUUGGAUGAACACGACGCGUCGACGAAAAUUAAUUACAUCAAAGUGAACAAGCAACGAAUGGUUUGUGAGAGUAGUGAAUCAGAAGGAAGAAUGAAUUUUUACGACGAAAUCGAUGACUGGGAAUGUAAUGAAACUUGUAACUCUUUGGAAAACUUGCACGGCAAAAAUGGAGACGAAUCGGAAAUUUAUUCAGAAAAUGAUGAUGAUCACGAAGGUAACGAUCCAUUUCCCAGUGAUUGCGGGAUAGAUGAUUGGGAAAAUAAUAGUAAUGUUGACAGCAAUGAUGAUUAUAUGACCCCAAGGGAUGGAGAUGGUUAUGAAAAUUACGCUUUUUGUAAAAGAAACAAAUCUAAAAAAAUUCAGACAAGAAUUUGUAAUAGCAGAUAUGUUCAUCGAAAAGUUAUCACAAGCACCACCAGUAGUGAAUGUAGCAGUUGUAGCGUUGUGAGAAAACAUAGCAAAAAUGAUCAUGACCGCGCACUGAAAUGUGGAAAGUCUGGUGGAAAAGAUAAAUCUGGAAGUUUCAGCAGCAGUGAUAGAACCGGCUCCGAAUGUGGUAAGAAGUCAUAUCAAAAUAAAUAUAUAAAGAACAAAUUAAGUUGUCACUGUGCCAAAACUCACCGCUGUUACAGGAACCAGAAGAAUUCUGACAAAUCCGACCCAAGUGAUAGUGAUAACAGCGACAUCACUGGUCACAAAAACAAGCCAUGUGGUAGCCAAAAUGAUAAAAGCUCUGGAGAUAAUUUGAAAGCUCGAAUGAGUUGUGCUUAUUUAAGGCAUCAUAAAAGAAAUCGGAUGCAAGGGUGUGGAAAAGCUAAUAAGAAACAUAAUUUAAUGUUACUCAACAGAAAGGAAAAUAGAUGCAAAAAGUAUAGAAAUGAAAGCAGCAGCAGAAUAUUGUCUAGCAGCUCUAUUGAUGAUAGCUAUCAUCAACAUAGCUCAAAUGAUAUCAAAUGUAUUCCAAUUGAAGACAGACAUUUUCGAACCAGACCCAAAAACUGCAAACGUCAUCCUAUAAUCUACAAUCGAUACCCAGGGCCGAUGGUGGGAGGUCAGCCGCACCCACCUAGGCAUUAUCACAACCAAUUCGAACACCACCCUCCUUUUGGUAGGACUGAUGCAAGGAGAGUAAGGCACUCUACAAAGAACUAUUGUCAUCAACCAGCAAUGUUUAGGCCACAGCCCAGCAUAUCUGAUAGAAAACAAGGUCCUGGUGGUUUCGAUCGACAUCCGAAAAUAAUAAAACCCAGUCCUUGGGACUCAAGAGAAAACCGACCUUGUUUCAGGCGAUGUCCUGAAACUUUCGGACUUGAUCAAAGAUUCUACAAACGUCGCGAGAAUGCUUGGAGAUAUAGUCCCAAUAACGGAUUUAAAUUGAAUUCCAGCAGCGGAAAAAAUGUCCUUCAGCCAAACAACAUCCGUCGCCAUGAUAGUUUUCCAAGCAGCAGGUGUAAACAUAGACACCACAGUGCAGGCAGCUCACGUAAAACUGAUGGCAGCGUUCACAAAAAACCAUGCUACCAAGGCCACAGCCCUAAACGUAUAACAUCCAACAGUAGUCGAUCUGAAAGGCCUGGUCCCGGCAGAAGUGGCUGGCAUGCAACUAGAAGUAAACACCAGUGCCUAAGCUGCUAUCCGUGUAUAAAUUAUUGUAGUGAUGAAAGAAAGACAAAACAUCGGCGACACGCUUCUAGUUCUAAACAUUCCGCCGGUAAAGUCAAAUCGAGUAAAUCCAGUCACAGGCGUUAG